AUGUCGAGCAACGCAUCCUCCCCGAAGCAGGACAUCGCCGCGGCGGGUUCUCCCCGGACUCCCAACAACCCCCUUUCAAAAGCGAAUCUCUACGACCUCAACGCUGUGACCAGACAGGAAGAGGCUCGCCGAAGAGGGUAUUCCACACCAUCUACAGAGCCCGACUUACACGAAUACAAUUCGGUUUACUCGGGAGGGGAGAAGUGGCUUCGAGAGCUGAGGCAACGUCACCUCGAGGAAGAGAUGGAUGUGUCAGGGCGGGAGAGAGCGAGAGCUCUAAUAAGACGCUUGAACGCUAUAUGUGGCGAUCCUCCAGAAGUCCCAAACUUAAAUGUGCCCCGGCCUCGAGGCCUGGAACGUCUCCCCAUGACUGCCACUGACGGAACUAUUUAUGAUCUACCAGACACACCAGAGCCAGAGACACAGCUGAUUCUUGGUGGAUUUGGCGACGGGGGCGCCAAAACCCCGCGUUUGAACCUUCGACCCAUCGAAGAUCAACUCGAUGCUCACCUUUUCCCCAUGGGCGAUGAUGAUCAGAUCAAGCCACCAUGCCACUUCCCUCCCAGCUUUCAGAGACAUCACCCAGUCCAGCACGCCGACGAGAUCGAGGCGUACCUUGCCAAUGCGAGUUAUGUCAUUUCGCUCGAUGGGCCACCCUCAGCUGAUCUCAAAUACGGCGUCAUCAUUGUCAAGACUGGCAACGAGAUGAUGCACUUUGGGGAGAGGCCUGCGGACGUCUUUACGCAGAGCUUUCUCGAUGAUGUUGAUGACGCAAAACGCGCCCUCCGAAAGCAGCACUUGCACGCCGACGACGGAGAAGGCACCAAAGCCUACUCGCAGUUCCCUCCUAGCGCUUCCCCCAAUGCGCUUCAGGAUACCGGGGUCGUUGCAGAGGCAGUUCCAUGCACCAAUUCGCUUGAGGAUACCAGAGACGUUCCAGAAACAAUUCCGCGCGUCGAGGUCACUGAUGCCGGGCAUGAUACCACGCACCCGCGUCGGAGCAAGAGAAAGCGUGUCGAAAACACGAAAUCGGACGAUGCUUUGACCGACACACCUGGCGCGAUCAACACAAAUGGUGUCGAUGGUCCUAGCCAUGGCCUUCACGCAACUGGGCCGAAGGCGGUUGAUGAUUCGCCCGCCGAUGCUGCGAUCGAUUCAUCGAAUGGAGCGAUGGCUGCGGGGGCGGAAGAAGAGCUUCCCGAGGGGAAGCGAGUCUUACGGCCACGCGGAAUUCCUCGUCGCGGAGAUUCUGGCGAGGCGACUGGCAAGACGACUGGCGAGACGACUGGCAAGGCGCGAGCCGACACAUCAUUCACGGACGAAGGCACGACUAGAAAAGGUGCCUCGGAGCGAGCAACCAAGGCGGGCGCUGAAGGAGCGAGAGGGGCAGCUAAGAAGCCGCCAGUCACCCGAUCGAAGAAGAGAAACAACAAGUGA